AUGAGUCUCACGCCUGCCAUUAAGGCAAACAUCCAAGGUGAUGUUUGGCCUGGUCUCCCGAAGAGAUUCCAAUCGUUCUUGUUCUUCCGAGUCCGGAACAAGACUGACUUCAAGUCCCGUCUGAAGACAUUCAUUCCCAAGAUCACCACUGCCCAGGAUGCGUGCGCGAUGAGUGAAGUCAUGAAGAAGGCGCAGGCAGAAGCCCGAGCUGCGAAGCGAUCAGCCAAACUCGAGCCUUUGCCCGGAGUUAACAUUUCAUUCACAUCCACCGGUCUGGAAGCGCUUGGUGCCUUUGUUAGUGUCGAGGAUCAGAUGUACGUCAAGAAAGACAGGAAGCUUUCUGGCAUUUUCCGCAAGAAACAACUUCUGGGCGGUCUUUUCGAGAAGGGUAUGUUUGCUGAUCUUACGGGUGAAGGAUGGGACAACCCCGAAGAACUCAGCAAGCAUUACCACCCCACUAGUGAUAACAAAAGAUCCAUCGAUGGUGUGAUUUUGGUCACCUCUAGUGUGAAGUCUGAUAUGAUCAAUAAGAUCAGCGAGGUCAAGCAGCACUUCCUGGCCGAAGAGGGAGAGCCCCUCAACCCUGACACGUACCGUGUCAGCCAAGAUCCUUCUGUCGAGUUCACAUUCACUCGGGAGGGAAAUGUCCGCCCCGGAAUUCACAAGGGCAAGGAGCACUUCGGGUUCAAAGAUGGAAUCAGUCAGCCGCUCCUUGAGGGCUGGGAUGACAAGGUGCCUCAGGGCAAGGAGCCUUGUGCUACAAAGCCGGGAAUGAUUGUUUGUGGAUACGAGGGUGACGAUAUGAGACAGCCAUCGUGGGUAAAGGACGGCAGUUUCCUCGUUUUCCGUGAUCUUCAACAGCUCGUCCCCGAAUUCGACGAGUUUAUGGAGGAAAAUGCAAAGCAUGCACCUUUCGUUCAGGAUCAUCCGAAGCCAGGCGAGAAGCUUGCAGCUUAUCUCAUGGGCCGGUGGAAGAACGGAACUCCCGUUGAUGAGUCCCCUCAUGAUGACUCCGACGAAAGUCUGUUCAACUCCAACAACUUCGAUUACGGCCCCGUCGAUCAGCAUGACAAGUGUCCCUUCGCAGCACACACUCGCAAAAUGAGGCCACGAGCUGACUUGGAACAUGACCACGCCGUCAUCAUUCGUCGUGGAAUCCCUUACGGCGAAGAGCUUACAGCCGAGGAACUAGCUGAAAAGAAGUCUACCGUGGACCGAGGUCUUCUUUUCGUUUGCUAUCAGAGCGACAUCCGAAAUGGAUUCAACUUCCUUACCACUCGCUGGGCUAGUAACUACAACUUCCCCGACCGCAAGAACGCCUUUGUUGGUGGCACUGGACCUGGUAUUGACGCCAUUGUUGGCCAGAGACUUGACCACCACCCACCUCGCUCCAUUGGUCUGCCCGAUGGCAAAUUCCCAACUGAAGCCCGCAUGCCCUUGGAAAGUUGGGUGAUCCAGAGAGGUGGUGAUUACUUCUUCACGCCAUCGAUUGACGCGCUGAAGAACGAGCUCACUGGACCUGGAAUCUUCGAUAUGGAGGCGAUCAAGCGCCUUCGUGAGGAGGCAGAGGACGAGUAA